AUGGCGGCUUGUGUUCCUGUCCUUGAUCUUCCAGUCGGUUAUAAGAGAAAGUUGAGCUUUAACGAAGAUACUGCAAGAUACUCCCAAAGCAAUGUUCAAAGGGUAGAGCAUGAGGAGUUUUGUUUCACGUCUGAGGUAAAGCAUGAAGAGGAUACUAGCCUCAUUCAACAGGAACUUGUUAGAGACCCAUCAAGUCUCGCUCAUGCUGCAAACUAUCUUGAGCUCAGUGACAUUCAAACCGUGAAAGGUCAAUUACAUGUUGCUGACACCUUGAUGGAUUUCUCAUCUUUUGAUGAAACCACUUUCAUUUUCAUUGACAACAAUGUGAUCAAUCUUGAUGAUGAUGAUAACGACGAGGAUGAAGUGUACAUCGUGAUCAAUCUUGAGGGUGAUGAUGAUGAAGCCAAUUCAGUACUGCAGCAGUCCAUUACAACAGCACAGACGAUUCAUCUCACUGAGGAAGUCAAAGAGAGCAGUCUUAAAGGCUUUUUGGCUAGUGUUUUCUUUAUGUAUUCGGCUAUUGUUAGUGGUAGAGACCGCACCCAACAAACUGAUUCGGGCACCGCUCUCCAACCCUUUCUUAAUCGCAUUCCCAUCAGUGCUAUCCCCGGCAUCCAAAACUCACCUGUAUUGGCAUUGAAAACUGGGGAUAGUGUUAGAGAUGCCAUACAUUUGUUGUUUGAGAAGAAUGUGUGUGGUGCGCCCAUUGCUGAUUCCGAUUCAGGCGGAUUUUCGGAACCCUUCAUUGGUUUCAUUGAUUUUGCAACCGUGCUUCUCUGGUGUCUUGAGGAAUGUGAAAAAGAGGAAAACCGCAGCAGAGACACUGGGAAGGAAGAGGUUGGCAACUAUGGUUUUUUUGCCAGGCUUGAACAGCAUCCUCAAAUUGGCCAAACCAAGAUUGGUGAGCUAGCCAAGUCUUUUCUAUGGGACUCAUAUUUUCCUGUGCACAUAGAUGAGACACUAUUCCAUGUUCUGCUGUUGCUUUCAAAGCACCGGCUGCACGUUGUGCCUGUUAUAGAGCGUACCAAUUCUCAGCUGACUGGAUUUAUUUCACAGCAUGGAGUGAUCCAUUUGCUGCUUCAAUCAAGUGGUUUGGACUGGUUUGAUAGCAUUGCUAACAAACUUGUAUCAGACGUCCAGAUUGGCAGUGGACAUCAUGUUGUGCAUGUAUAUGGAGAUCAAAGCAUAGCAGAAGCUCUACAUAUUCUGUGGAAAAACCAAAGUCAUGUAGUUGCCGUCAUCAGUAGAGAGAGUAAAAGGCUCAUUGGUAGCAUAACAAACAGCGACAUCUACCUUCUCUUAGAGAAUGAUAACAUUUUUCGCAGUAUAAAUACUCUAACUGUGGAGAAGUUCAUUCACAUGGAGCCAAAUAAAACAGGCACUGAUGCAACAAUCGAACGAGACCUGGGGGCUCUUCUGUCAGCAGGAUUUAUCCAACUGAAGAAUGGAUUCUCACCAAGAAUGGACUCACCGGUCACGAACAAGAGAACCCACACCCUGCUGCAAGUCAUGAGAAAUAUGGCAGACACUAAUAGCAGCUUCAGCUUUUUGGUUGAUGAUUUACAUCGGGCUGUAGGUUUGCUCACAUUAAGAGACGUGAUCAUCCACUUUGCUCCACCAGGCAUCGAUUCCAGUAUCCAUGGUGUAGGGUUCUUUGAAUCAGCUCUGGAACAGAGUGGGUGCCAUGUCCAUAAUGGAACCAUAGUCUGA